AUGGCCAACGAGUUUGGGGUCUCCGCCAACUUCAUCGACAGUGAGCUUUCGUCCUUCAUCUCAUCCGGCAAGCUCACCUGCAAGAUCGACAAAGUCGCCGGCGUUGUGGAGUCAAACGAGUCCGACUCUCGCAGUCAGGUGUAUGUGGAGAUCAUCAAGCAGGGUGACCUUCUGCUCAACAAGAUGCAGAAGCUCUCAGGCGUCAUCGAUAUGUAA